UGUUAGAUGAUUGAGAACUUACUCUUUCCAUAGUAUUUCUAAUUCAUUACAAAACCAUCAAUACUUUCUUAAACUAUUAGAAACAGUAAAUAAAAAAAUCAAAGAAUACUGGAGACAACUUUGAGCCUGGAGUACACAGGCAGAUUACAUUAACACUUCACACAGAGAAAGCAGGAGUGAUAAUCUUGCCCUUUUCAGGCCUUGCUGGGGCCCACCCUUGUGUAAGCCUGAAGGAGACUGCAGCAGGAUGGUGCUUUAGCAGGCAUAGCAGGAGCAAAUCAAGGGGAGAAGGGAGUGGGGGACUCCCACCCAUGGACAUUUCACACCUCCUGCAUAUUAUGCAAGGACACGUGCAGGGAGAUGGGAUCACCUCCUCGCAGCUCACCAUACGGUGUCCUCAUCUACCCCCUACAGCUGACCUUAUAAACAUCUUAAAUCUCUGUGAUUUCUCCACCCUUCUCUGGGUAUUAAGAUUUUUUUCUAAUAGCCUCUUCCUUCCAGAGGAGUCAAGUGUCAAAUAGUGAAAGAUGCCUGACAUAUUUUUCAUCUAGGGAAAGACUUGGUGCCUGAGAAUUAAAAGGCUGGAGAAUAAAAUGUGAGUGGAACAGGAAUAUGAUAUUAGGGCCUGGAUUCUGCUGCUGGAACCAAAAGGCUGUUGGAAAGCUAAUGAGCACAUGAUGACUCCUUACAUACUUGAACCUCAUUUUUAAAUAGACCCAAAUGUUCCUGAUUGAGAAGACAGUCAUGGGUCAGAACUGGUAAGCAGGUAAUGGAAAUCAUUGAUUGAAGAAACCUAAGAGCUGUGCAGGGCCAAGUGUAUUUAAAAGCCUUCUCAGCUUUCCUUUAUAGCCUCUCCAGUGAUUAAUGAUGCUGGGCAACAGGAUGGGAGGGCUUACUUCUAUCAGACCAUUCCUUCACAUAUAUAGAAAGAAAAGUUCCCUCAUCUCACUCUCUAAAGCUGAAGGCCAGACUUGUAGCAUAAACCAUAACACUGGUGAUGGUAGGAGCCCACAGUGGGCAGUGAUGGUGAUGGGGAUCUGCAGAGCACUGCUUUCAUCCAGCAGUCUUGGAGAUUUCCUGUGUUUAGCUUGGAGGAGGGUACAAGAAAGGAAUUUUCUAACUUGCCAUAGUAAUCCCAGUUUCAGAACUGGGAGGAAAAACUGGGAUGGAAAACUGAUCUGUAGUUUUGAACCAUACUGGGUAAUAGCAAGUUCAACUUUGUUUCAGGAUUAUUAAAUUAAUUUUAGUUAUUUUCCAUAACUCUCAUCUAUUUUAUUCUUUAUGUAGAACAUGUAAUUGUACAUUAUACACAGACCACUUGUCAGCUUUAGCUUCUCAGAACUAACCAAGGUCUUUAUUUGGGUGUUUCUAUUAAUUGAAACAUUGCUAUGAUUUAACUUCUUGUGAAAAUGGUAAUGUUUCCUCUCUUGAGAUCAUUAGCUCAACUCUAGUGCCAAACAUGAUCAAAGGUUACUGUUAUUUGAGAUCUGUUGCAUCAUCUUUAUGAACAAAGAAGAAAAGUCUGACAAACCAUAUCUAGAAGAAAGUGCCUUUGAAGCACUGGAAAAAGACUCCCAAGAAUUCAUCAGUAUACUGAGCAGAGAUGAAGCUCUGGAAAAAUUCCGUGUUGAAUAUGAGAAGCUUCUUGCUAUUAUGAAGAAGUCUCGUGAAAAUGAAAAGCAUCUCAUGGAGAAAUGCAGGAAGCUGAGUGCUGAACUUGUGGAGAAAUCAUCCAAAGUAGCUGUGCUCACCAAACUCACUCAUGAUGAUGGGGAAACUAUAUCAUCAUUGAAGUCGGAGCUUGAAAGGGCCUGGAAAAUGGUGGAUAAAGCCCAUGAAAGGGAACAGAAAACAAAGGAAACAAUUGAUUCACUGAAAAACGAAAUUUCACGCCUAAAUAAUUUAAUGAAGGAAAGAGCUGGACAGGAUUACAAUGUUGGGGAUUUGCUAAGACUUCAAGAAGAGGUAACAGAAGAGCGAGACCAGCUGUUGUCAGAAGUUGUGGAGUUACGUCAAAGUCUCGCUGAAAUCACAGAGCAGCAGCAGGAAACAGAAAAGGCAAAAAAUGAGGCAGAGCAAUCCGUUUUGCAGCUUCAGCAAGACAUCCAGCUGCGUCAAAGCGAGGAAUUACGAGAGCUACGAAAGAAGGAAAAAGUAGAGGCUGAGCUGAAAGAUCUUCUAGCUGAAAUGGAUAAGAAGCAAGCUGAGGUCCAGAAGUUACAGCAACAAAUAGAGAAUGACAAAGAGGAACAACUGAAAAUAGAAAAUAAUCUUAAAGAGCAGAAGACCUUGAAUGAAAAAGCUGGUAAGGAACUUGAGCAAUUGAAGAUGAAAUAUCAAAAGCUCUCACAAGACAAUGAGCAGCAGACUGCAAUGCUUGAUGAUGUGAUGAAGGACAUCAGUCAGAAGACGGCACAACUGAAAGAGUUAGAGGAUGAAGCAGGUCAUAUGAGCCUUGAAAUUUCAAAGCUGAGCAAAAUGAGAGAUGUUCUCCAGAAUAAGCUGCGUACUGCAGAGGAACAAAAAGUUGAUGCAGAACAUGAAAAAAACAUGCUAAAAAAUCAAAUAAUCAGACUGGAGAAAGAGUUGGAGACAGGCAAAAAGCAGGCAGAGUCUGACAAGAGAGCCAUAGAUGGGCUUGUGAGGGAAAGGGAUAUGCUAAACCAGAACUUGGUCAAGGCUGCAAAUGCUACUCAGAAGCAGAUAGAUUUGGUGAAGUUUCAUGAACAGUCAAAACAGAACUUGGAGACAGAAAUCCAACAUUAUAAGAUAGAAGCUCAGAAACAAAGGAAGAUUAUUUACCAAUUGGAGAAGGAGAGAGAGAGUUUCAUCAAGGAAGCGACUGAGCUAAAAGAGAAGAUCCUCAAUCACAUGAAAGAUCUUGAAAUGCAUCAAAUUCAGAUCUGCAACUAUGAGAAGGAAAUAGAAAUGCAAGGGGUUAAAUUAAAACAACAACAAGCUCUUUGUGAAACUCUGAGAACAGAGAGGACCCUGUACAGUAAAAAUCUGAUUGAAGCUAAGGAUGAGAUGGCAGAAAUGAUGAUGAAACUGAGAAAUUCCACACGUCAGGUGGAUCAGCUGAAAGAGGAGAUCAAAGAAAAGGAUAUAUCCCUUGAGAAAGUACAAGUGGAAUUCCAGCAGUCAGAGGAUGAGAGAGAGUCGAUGAAAGCUGAACUGCUUAAGAUGACAAAACAGGCUCAGGAAGCCAAAGCCUAUAUUGAAAAUCAGGAGGCAGAAGAGAAAAGACUCCUAAAAAUCAUUGCUGAAGCUGAUGCAGAGAGACUGAAGCAGAAGAAGGAAUUUGACAAGGUGCUCUGUGAGAGACACGCCCUGGGGACGCAGCUUAUUCACCGCAAUGAGGAGGCGGCGCUGCUCUACGAGAAGAUAAAAAUCCAGCAGGCCAUCCUAAACCGGGGCGAGAGCGAGUACCGGCAGCGGCUGGAAGACAUGCGGAUUCUCAAGCUGGAGAUCAAAAAACUUCGGCGUGAGAAGGGAAUACUUGGCAAGAGUGUGGCUAACGUGCAGGAGCUCAGAUGGGAGUUUAAUCACAUGCAGAAGGAACUGUUAAGGGAACAGACUCGGUGCAAAAUUUUGGAAGAAGAACUGCAGAGGCCCUUGCAAGUUCACAGAUGGAGAAAAUUAGAGGCCAGUGACCCCACUACCUAUGAGCUGAUUCUGAAAGUUCAGAGACUACAGAAGCGACUUAUCAGCAAGACAGGUGAAGUGAUAGAAAAAGAAUUUCUCCUUCAGGAAAAGGAGAAGCUGUAUGUGGAGCUGAGGCACAUGCUGGCCCGGCAGCCUGGGCCCGAGGCCACGGAGCAGCUGCAGCAGUACCGGAACAUCCUCCGGGAGAAGGGGAAGCAGAUCAAAGUUUUGUCCUCAGAACUGACUAUGUGUGAAACACAGAGCAAAGAAUACAAACAUGAAAUUGAAAGACUUAACAACGAGCUUCUGGAAGUGAAAAAGAAGUAUCUGUCUCAGAAACGCAAGGACCAACAGAAGAAGGAGAAGGAGCGAUCCAGCAUUCAUAUGAGGACAAAAUUGCCACCCCUCAAGACUCAUGUACCUCACUUCAGCUUAGGGGGCUUUCCUUCAAGCAAACCCAUUCCCAAAAUUGCAGUCUAGGAAUGCACUCAUCUAGUUGCAUUCCUGUUCCCAGUUUCUUGUUUGAGAAACUGUAAUUUUAAAAGAGAUUCAGAAUCUACUGAAAUCACUGUAUCACCUUCAGGAAAAAAAUGAUAUAUUGCAUGUAAUCAAACACAUUUUUACACUGGAAUUACAUUUUAUGUUGCAUUUAUAUAUUUUACAUUUUAUAUUGGAAUUAACAUAGUUCUUUUUACAAUCUGUGUACCAAAUUUGCCCAUUUGAGGCCAGCAGACGCCUGCACGGAUGUAAAUGGAUAGUGGAGAUAUUUCUUCAAUAUUGUGUCUCUGUUUAGCACUGUAAUGCCACAAAAUGCCUUAAUAUGUAGUUAUUUCUCUUUUAUCUACCUCAGUUGUAAGCACACACUCCAUUUAUCUUCUGACUCAAAGCACCUGAAAGAAAUGAGAAUACAGAAAAGAAGAAAAAUUAAUAAGCUGAUGUUUCAAGCCCUGCUGAGCAAAUGCAAAAUUAACAAGUCUUUACUUAGAUGUACAUAUGUAGCAGUUCUCUGUGUAGGUAGUGUAUAAUAGGGUUUAUGCAGUGUUAGCUACAGUUGUUAGGAAGAUCAAGGAAGUUUGUGGCCACAAUGUACAUUAUUAAGAGCAGGAUUGUGUUUACUCUGGUAGAUACAAAGUGACAUAAUUAUGUCUGUUCAAUCUGGGGACACUGUGCACACUCACUGGGACAUGCUGUUCUUCCACACAAAUCCUUCAGAGCGAUUAAAACUUGGACUCAAAACAUGGCAAACUUUAUGCUUUAAUUUCUAGACACUUGGGCAUUUUUGUAACUUUCAGAAAUUGUUUUUGUAAUACAGCAGGAGCCCUCCAACCUUUUCAGCCAAAAGAGAUUUAAUUACCAUUCAUUAACAAGUGAAAUAACAAAGUCACGGCAUGAGGUGCUGAAGUAUAGAAAACUUUCAAGCUGUAAAAUAAAAUGUUUUGAAACCGA